AAGCAAGUCAAGUAUGCAGAGUAAUGUAGCCAACACCCUUGUAUGUUCUGAAUAUUGUCGUAUUGAAUCUACCGGUACACCAGUACUCAGUACGAACGGUGCCAACGAUGAUAUUUCUACAUCUUAUACAAGCUUUACAGAGGAGCCCACUACAGAUUCUUCCAUCCCAGUUGCUAAUACAUCCAUCAAUGACAAUGAGGGCUAUACACAAGCUCGAUCAUACGUACAAAGACAGCAGUCACUUAUAGUGGAUUAUCAUCCGCACACAAUUAAACAUUCUUUGAAUCGAGGAUCGUCUGCGCCAUUGAGACCAGCGAGACCAUUAAAUCCAGUUUUGAGCCAGAUCAGCAUGGACUCCCUGACACGUGAUGUGCUGGACAUAAGUGACGUGUCGAUGAUAAGCGCAAACAGCAAUCUGACAAGGAGAACUACUGACACAGUUGAUAAAAAAAUAGCCCCAUCAUCCUCGCAUCGUCUCUUACAUCCGAGGCGACACUCUGUACCGGGCCCAAAGGUGCUGGAAGCAAUCGCAGACGAUCCUUUGUCCCAGAAGAACCGUGAUUCUGUGCGGAUGAAGAAGAAAGCACUCAAGAUUAUUAGGUUUGUACGCACACUGUCCCGACGAGGUUCGGAUCGUGUAUAAGAGACUUUCAUAUUUAAGCCAGAAAUCGUCUUAGUGUUGGCAGGAGCCGC